AUGAAUGAGAGGUCAUCUCGAUCACACACGAUUUUCCGGAUUAUUCUGGAGUCGAAAGAUGCCAAUCAGAAAGAUGGACCUGUACAUAUAAGCUACCUUAACUCAAUGGACUUAGCUGGUUCUGAGAGAGUUUCUCUGACGAAAGCUGCUGGUGAGCAUCUUAAAGAGGGGGCUAACAUAAACAAAUCUUUGUCAGUAUUAGGAAAUGUGAUAAGGCAACUAAGCGAGGGGAAGGAGUUUAUCAGUUAUCGCGAUUCGAAAUUGACUAGACUGCUCUCACAGGCUCUUGGCAGUAAUGCCAAAUCAUUGAUUAUCGGGAAUAUCAAUGACCUCCUGGAUAAGAGCAAUCAGGGUUUAACUAUAAGAGAAGAUAUCAAAGGAAAUGUGCUGCUUGAUGCAAGGGAAGCUGUCGUAGACAAUGUUGAUAAAGUUAUGGAGAACAUGAUGCAGGGCAAUAAGAUCAGACGAGUUGCAGCUACUCGCAUGAAUGAGAGGUCAUCUCGAUCACACACGAUUUUCCGGAUUAUUCUGGAGUCGAAAGAUGCCAAUCAGAAAGAUGGACCUCAGGAAUGUACAAAUUCAGAUGUAUAUGGAUCUGUAGUAAAACCUUUAGUCGAUUCCUUCAUGGAAGGUUUCAAUGCCACAAUAUUUGCAUAUGGCCAAACAUCUUCUGGCAAAACACACACCAUUUUGGGCAAUAAAACAGAUCCUGGGCUUUUCCAAUUAGUAUCCAAUCAGUUAUUCCAGCAUGUGGCAGACCAGGUUGAUAAGAGGUACUUGAUUAGAUGCAGUUAUAUUGAAAUCUACAAUGAAAAGAUCAAUGACCUCCUGGAUAAGAGCAAUCAGGGUUUAACUAUAAGAGAAGAUAUCAAAGGAAAUGUGCUGCUUGAUGCAAGGGAAGCUGUCGUAGACAAUGUUGAUAAAGUUAUGGAGAACAUGAUGCAGGGCAAUAAGAUCAGACGAGUUGCAGCUACUCGCAUGAAUGAGAGGUCAUCUCGAUCACACACGAUUUUCCGGAUUAUUCUGGAGUCGAAAGAUGCCAAUCAGAAAGAUGGACCUGUACAUAUAAGCUACCUUAACUUAAUGGACUUAGCUGGUUCUGAGAGAGUUUCUCUGACGAAAGCUGCUGAUGUAUAUGGAUCUGUAGUAAAACCUUUAGUCGAUUCCUUCAUGGAAGGUUUCAAUGCCACAAUAUUUGCAUAUGGCCAAACAUCUUCUGGCAAAACACACACCAUUUUGGGCAAUAAAACAGAUCCUGGGCUUUUCCAAUUAGUAUCCAAUCAGUUAUUCCAGCAUGUGGCAGACCAGGUUGAUAAGAGGUACUUGAUUAGAUGCAGUUAUAUUGAAAUCUACAAUGAAAAGAUCAAUGACCUCCUGGAUAAGAGCAAUCAGGGUUUAACUAUGAGAAGAUAUCAAAGGAAAUGUGCUGCUUGA